AUGAAGUGCGUUGUAGCCAUCGGGCUCCUCUGCCUUGUGGCAGUGUACGCCAGAGAACUCGGCGAGGAGGAGAAGGACCUCGUGGCCGCAGCAAGCGGCAAGGCGAGCCAUCACGAAGAGGGUGGUGGCAAAGAGCACCAUGCCCAUCAUCACCACGAACACGGUAGCAAGGGCCACAAGGGUCACAAGGGACACCACCACCAUCACAAGGGCGAACACGGCGAUCACGGAAAGCACCACCACGAAGGACACCAUCACGAACAUGGCGGUGGCCACAAGAAACAUUGGGAUGAGCACGACCAUCAUGGCCACCAUCACGAGCACGGUCACCACCACAAAGGAGGUAAACACGGUCACCACAAGCAUCAUGAUAAGGGAGAAAAAACCGAUGGCUACCACAAGAAAUACCACAAAGAUCACUUCCACAAGGACCAUCACUUCUACGAUGACCAUCAUAACGAGGGCAAGCACCACAAGCACGGACAUCAUCACGGACACCAUGAGCAUCACGGAGGAGACCACAAGAAGGGUGGACACCACGAAAAGGGUCAUCAUGAGCAUCAUCAUGGUAAGCACGGUCAUCACGACAAGCAUCAUUACGACGAGGACCACCAUGGACACAAGGGACACCACGGUCAUGAAGAACAUCAUCAUCAUCAUCAUGAUCAUGGCAAGAAGGGUGGCCACCAUGACCACAAAGACUGGGGCUUCCACCAUGGAAAGCACUAA